UGUUUUUAAUUUGAAAGAAAAAUCAUCGAAACUGCUCCGAAAAGAAUCCAAAACCAGCUUCCCUGUCCGGAUAAACGCGUGAGCGUGACCCCCCUCACCACCCCCCACCCCAACGCCUGACUAUUGCCGACUUCUCUUUUUCUCUCUUACUGAUUUCCCUGUAAACCCACCGACCAGAAACCCGCGAAACCGCUUUCGUCUCUGGUUUUAGGGUUUCUACGCCCUCUCUUUGGAUCUAUUUUCCUGGUAUUGAGGCGUUCGUCAUCUAGGGUUUCUUUCAAUGUUUUAGAUUAGGUCUUUCUAUCUAUCUCUCAGGCUUGUCAAAAAGAUAAGAAAUCUGUCCUCUCACUCACUCCACCGAGUCCUAGUUUUUUUUUUUUUUUCCUUUUUCUCCAUCAAUCAUCACUUCUGGGAAGUCUUUCUGUGUGUGCGACAUUUUCUUUUAUAUUGGGUCGUGAUAGCUGUUUCUUCUUGAUCCCAAAGGAACGAUUUCAUUUUUUUUUAAUUUUUUUCUUGGUUUUAGGGUUUCGAUCUUUCAAGCUUGGCUUAAGUUCUUCAGGAAAGGCUUUUUCUUGAUGGGUUUUUGGUUUCCUUCUUUACUUUCGUCUUCUAUUGGUGUUCCGACCUCAUCGAUCUGAUCCAAAUACUGUCUUUUACGUGAAAUUGCUUGCUCUUGCUCACACUUUUGAUUCGAUCUCUUCCUUCCUUCCGUGUCUGGAAACCGGGGCAGUUCUUUUUUCUUUUUUCCUUUUUCUUCCUUGGGAUUUUAGUACCAUUUUCUCUGUUUUCUUUCGAGCAGUUUUGUUCUUUUGAUCGGCAUCUCUAUAGUGUUUCUUUGAUAUUGAGAUGGUGAAUUCCGAGGGUUUGAGUGGUUCUCCGCCCCCACAAGCGGUAAGGCAGUAUGGGGUGACGAAACCGAUCUCUGUUGCUGGGCCAACGGAGGCGGAUAUCCAGAGAAGCUUGGAAUUAGAGAAGUUCUUGGUUGACGUUGGACUUUAUGAGAGCAAGGAAGAAGCUGCUAAGAGGGAAGAAGUUCUUGGUCAGAUUGAUCAGAUUGUAAAAGGUUGGGUGAAGCAAUUAACUCGCCAGAGGGGCUAUACAGAUCAAAUGGUGGAAGAGGCAAAUGCUGUCAUAUUUACUUUUGGGUCUUAUCGAUUAGGGGUACAUGGUCCUGGGGCUGACAUAGACACACUGUGUGUAGGACCAUCUUAUGUCAAUCGAGAGGAAGAUUUCUUCAUUAUUUUGCAUGGUAUCCUUGCUGGAAUGGAAGAAGUAACUGAACUGCAACCGGUUCCGGAUGCUCAUGUCCCUGUAAUGAAAUUCAAAUUCCGAGGAAUUUCAAUCGAUCUUCUUUAUGCAAGUAUCUCUUGUCUGGUUGUUCCAGAAGACUUGGACAUCUCACACAGAUCAGUGUUAUACAAUGUUGAUGAACCAACUGUCCGAAGCCUCAAUGGCUGCAGGGUGGCAGACCAGAUUCUACGCCUGGUUCCAAAUAUUGAGCAUUUUCGUACCACACUAAGAUGUUUAAAAUUGUGGGCUAAAAGGCGUGGGGUUUAUUCAAAUGUCACUGGAUUUCUUGGUGGUGUGAACUGGGCUCUUUUAGUUGCCCGCGUUUGCCAGCUCUAUCCUAAUGCAAUUCCUAGUAUGCUGGUUUCCCGUUUUUUCAGGGUUUAUACCCAAUGGCGUUGGCCAAAUCCUGUGAUGCUGUGCCCGAUAGAGGAGGAUGAACUUGGGUUUCCUGUGUGGGAUCCUCGUAAAAAUCCUCGUGAUCGUACUCAUCAUAUGCCAAUUAUUACACCUGCAUACCCUUGCAUGAACUCUAGCUACAAUGUCUCAACAAGUACCCUCCGAGUUAUGAUGGAGCAAUUUCAGACUGGUAACAAGAUCUGUGAGGAGAUUGAGCUAAAUAAAGCCCAGUGGAGUGCAUUGUUUGAACCAUAUCUUUUCUUUGAAACAUAUAAAAACUAUCUGCAGGUUGACAUAGUUGCAGCUGAUGCGGAUGAUUUGCGUACUUGGAAAGGUUGGGUAGAGUCUCGGCUGAGACAGCUGACUUUAAAGAUAGAGCGGGACACAUAUGGGAUGUUGCAGUGUCACCCGUAUCCAAAUGAGUAUGUUGACACUUCCAAACAGUGCUCGCACUGUGCUUUCUUUAUGGGGUUGCAAAGGAAACAAGGGGUGAGAGUCCAAGAAGGCCAACAAUUUGACAUACGUGGGACAGUAGACGAGUUUAGGCAUUCAGUAAACAUGUACAUGUUUUGGAAACCAGGGAUGGAGAUAUAUGUUUCACAUGUUCGUAGAAAACAGAUUCCUUCAUAUGUGUUUCCAGAUGGGUAUAGGCGUCCUCGGCCAUCUAGGAUUUCAAGCCAGUUGGCUGAUAAAUCAUCUCGGGAUGAUGAUGAGACCAGGGCUGGAUCAAUGGAGAGAGGGCUCAAGAGGAAAAAAGAUCUUGAAGAUGGUGGUGUAAAGCCAGAUAAACGGGCUUCCUUAAGCCCACAAAGGCAUGAUUCUCUUUCUCCAGAAAUUAGUAGAAGCAGAUCUGGUGGAGCAUCUCAGUCCAGCACUAUUGAGUGUCGAGUGGAGUUUCUGACAACAGGAAUUCUGGAUAAGAAUGCUCACCCUGGAUCUUCAGACCGAAAGUUGGGGACAAAAAAGGACACUGCACAGGAUGAUGUGCAGCCAGUCUCAAUGGAUAAUUCGUCUUCGUUUCUGACUGAUCAUCAUCCCACGUGUGAAGAGAACAGUAAACCUGGCAUAACAUAUCAAUCCAACUGCGAUGGGGUCAGUGGGAAUGGAUUGGUAGGUGACAUGGAGAUUGCUCUUGUUGGUUCUAACAGAAGGCCGCUAGAGAAUAAGGAUGUGAAGCUCAACAUUUUGGACAAACAGGUUUCAGCUAUUUCAAGGCAGGAAUCGCUUACCCCUUCCACAGAAGAUUUAUGUCAAAUGGAUGGUGAGGCUAAUUCUGUAUGCAGAAGGCUUACAUGGGCAGGGGGUGACGUUGUGGAUGAAAGGGAGAUGGUUAGACUUGAGCAGCAAUCACUGGCCACUGAAAAUGCUGAUGGUGCUGGUUUAGGAGAUAAUAGCAUCCCAAAUGCUGCACGUGAGGUUAGUUCCUCUGAGGAAGUCCAAUCAGAAUCUGUAGCAGGUAGCGGUGAGAGCACUGCUACUGGGGCUGAAGGAAGUGACAACUACGGCUCUUUGCAGGUUGAUCCAUGUGGGGCAGGCUCAGAAUCACUUUUGGACAAUGGGUGCCUAGACGGGAGUGGGAUAUUUCAGAAUAGUUUGACAGAGGAGCUGGAGCCAAAUGCUGCACUUGGAAUGGUGCUAAAAGCUCGGAGUGGUGUUAAUAAUUCAGAACCUGUGCCAAAAUCGGUGAUAAGGCGUGCAUGCGUCUUUUGCGGACUGGGAGCUGUUUACUGGUGAUCAAAAGAGAUGCCAGAGGGAAGCUUAUUGGUUACGUGUACAGUCGUAAUUGUGUAUUAUUGUUGGGCUGCUGGAGCUGCGAUUGAAUAGAUCACACUUGGCUCCCUUGGAUCUUGGAAGAGGUGUUGGGUGCUUUCAAAACUUUGCAGUCCUAUGAUUUUUCUUCCGAUUUUCUUGGAGGCCAUGGCCAUGAGCCCAUGAUAUGGGUUAUCAGACUUUUUAUGGGAAGUUGCAUCUUUUUUUUUUUUUUCUUUUUCUUUGGGAGGGGGAAGGGGGGUUGGGUUGCUUCUGGGAAUAUAUAUGAUGUGGUGGUAGCAGUAGCUAGCUGAGGAAGGGUCUGGUAUUCCGAAUGACUAUUGCUUCUCUGGGCUGUUGCCCUUUCCAAACUCAAUGUAAAUUGUAAAUUUGGUGCUAUUAAUACAAUACUGGUACCUUUUUCGCCUCGC